ACCCGGAACAGUGACGUUUUCAAGCUAGCUGCUUGUGUCUCACAGCAGAUAAUGACAUUUGCCAAUUCAUUAUUACAGCCCUGUUAUUAAGAACAGACAGCUUAGUUGCACGGUUAGCUGUCACUUUAGGGCAAGAAUAACUAUUUUUCGUUUGGUGGUGGUUGUCAGCUUUCUCCUGCCAGCUGGUCGCCUUUUAUUUGUUUUUACCUUCCUUUUAUCUGUCAGCUGUCCAGGGUACAGUAUGGACGCUGAGGCGGUGGUGUCGGAGGACUCGUGCCCCGACAGGAAGCGCAGGAUGCACGGCAUGCUGAAGCUCUACUACGGGCUAAACGAGGAAGGAAAGGCCGAGGAGGAGGCGCAGUCCCUGGAUCCCUGCGACAUCAACGGGCCGCAUUUUGACCCCGAGCAUUUCUUAAACAAGCUAAGAAGGGAGUGCUCUCUAGCGGAGUUGAUGGACCAGGAGACUUGUAUGGUCAAGCAGAUCCGCUCUUUGGACAGUGACAUGCAGACGCUGGUGUAUGAAAACUACAACAAGUUCAUAUCUGCCACAGACACCAUAAGAAAGAUGAAGAAUGAUUUCAAAAAGAUGGAGGAUGAAAUGGAUUGCCUGUCUGCUAACAUGUCGGCAAUCACUGACUUCAGCGCUCGGAUCAGCGGUACUCUUCAAGACCAGCACGCGCAGAUUACAAAGCUCUCAGGGGUUCACACUCUGUUAAGGAAGCUGCAGUUUCUGUUUGAGCUGCCUGCCAGGUUGAAUAAGUGUCUGGAGAUGCAGGCCUAUGCUCAGGCAGUGAGAUCCCACCGCCUGGCCCGCUGUGUGCUGCAGCAGUACAGCCACCUGCCCUCCUUCAAAGGGAUUCAGGAUGACUGUCACGCCAUCAUGGACAAGCUGGCACAGGAGCUUCGACAGAAGUUCAGGGAUGGUGGGUCAAGCGCUAAAGAUUUAUCAGAGUGUGUGGAGCUGCUGCUACAGUUGGAUGAGCCAGCGGAGGAGCUCUGUGAUAAAUUCUUGAGCCAUGCGCGGUCUCGACUUGAGUCGGACCUCCAGGGUCUGGAAGCAGAGAUAAGACCCUACCCGUCUGCUUCAGCCGUGAAAGAUGCCUCUGUACACAGGCUGUCAUCUCCUGCCUCUACAGGAUCUCCGGCUGCGAGCUCCCCUAAAGCCAGCGCCAUCUUUUCUCCCUCCUCAAACACUGACAUCCUGGAGUUCAUUGACAGAGGCUGCAAUGAAUUUGUCAGCAGCUUAUGUCUAGUAAUAACAUCCUAUCAAGAACUAUUUGUCAGCCAUGCUCAGACGGGGGAGCUCGCAUCCAAAAACAUUCCACAGAUGGCAAACGCUAAGCUGCACGCAUUUGUGGAUGAUCUGGCCGCUCGGUAUUUCUCCCUCGUGGAGCGGAGGAUACAGGAGGAGAAAGGGGUCGGAGAUAACUCCCUCCUGGUCCGGGCCCUUGAUCGCUUCCACCGCAGACUUCAGGCUGUGACCAAACUGCUGCCAGGCUCUUCAGUGCCAUCCAAGGGGACAGAGAUUGUGAUCCGUGCAGCCACGGAGCGAGUGAAGCAGUACCUGGCCGCCCUGCAGAGCUUCUACAUGGACAGCCUGACGGACGUGAGGCAGGCCCUGGCCACCCCUCGGCUCUCUGUGGCCAGUGCUUCAGUGGGCGGAGGAGGGGGGCCAUCUGGGAGAGAUGGUCCGAACAGCCUGCCAGAGCUGCUCUCCUCCCUGUCGGCCUCUAUUCUCAACCAGAUUAAAUCAGUGUUGGCAUCUGUGCAUCUCUUCACAGCUAAGGACAUUACAUUCUCCAACAAGCCGUAUUUUAAGGGUGAAUUCUGCAGCCAGGGUGUGCGUGAGAGCCUGGUGGUGAGCUUUAUAAAGUUUAUUUGCCAGUCUUCUCGCCAGUUCUGUGAGAGUGCAGGCGACAAGGGAGGUUCGACUCCCCCGGCCCUGCUGUUGCUGCUGUCUCGCCUCUGCCUGGACUAUGAAACCUCCACUAUCUCCUACAUCCUCACUCUCACAGACGAACAGUUCCUUGUGCAGCACCACAGUCCCGUAACACCCGUCACAACUUUAUGCACAGAAGCAAGGGAGGCAGCACAGAAACUGCUGAACCACUAUGUGAAGGUUCAGGGCCUGAUCAUCUCCCAAAUGUUAAGAAAGAGCGUCGAAACACGAGACUGGGUCAACACCAUUGAGCCACGAAACGUCCGAGCUGUGAUGAAGAGAGUCGUAGAGGACACCACCUCCAUAGAUGUGCAGGUCGGUCUUCUGUAUGAAGAAGGAGUGAGGAAAGCCCACAGCAGUGACUCCAGCAAGAGGACCUUCUCUGUGUACAGCAGCUCCAGGCAGCAGGUCCGCUACGCUGCCAGCUACACUCCCAGUGCUCCAAUGGAUACUAAUCUACUGAGCAACAUACACAAGCUGUUUUCUGAGAGGAUUGACAUCUUCAGCUCAGUGGAGUUCAACAAGGUCUCUGUGAUGACUGGAAUCAUCAAAAUCAGUUUGAAGACGUUCCUGGAGUGUGUCCGCCUGCGCACCUUUGGCCGCUACGGGCUGCAGCAGAUCCAGGUGGACUGCCACUACCUGCAGAUGUACCUGUGGCGCUUUGUCUCAGAUGAGAACCUCGUGCACUUUCUGCUGGAUGAGAUAGUGGGGAGCUCCGCCCACCGCUGCCUGGAUCCCGCCCCCAUGGAGCAGAGUGUGAUCGAGGUCAUCUGUGAGCGGGGUUAAAGCUCAGAGUGCAACACAGUCCUCUCCAAACACCAGGGCCGUUUCUCAAUCGCGAGUACACAUGCUGCAGAGCAACUAUUUCCAGUAUACUACGUCAUAGAGUGGCGCAGAAUGCUGGGCAUUUAACAUGCGUUUAAACAGUCCUUCGGCGCCACUCAAUGACGUAGUAUACUUCAAAUAGUUGCUCUGCAGCAGUUUUACUUGCGAUUGAGAAACGGCCCCUAUCACAAACACAGACGGAACAACUCUGGAAUCGUGUAUCGGAGAUAUAACACCAGUUACAGAAUGACUGUUUAAUGUAUUGAUUCAGAUUCAAAUUAUACUGUUAUAUGGAAUUUGGGUAGCACUUUUAAAACUGUAGCAGUCUGAAGGAAAUCAAGCAACAUUUGACUGUUGAAUCUGACGAACAUUAUUUUUCAGGCCCUUGCCAUACAAAGUGCACAGUUCUUAGUUGUAAUAAUAUAAAAGUCAUUUCCAAAACAUAAAUUAUAAGAAAACACCCCCUCUCAUCUCCUCUAUCUGCAAACUUGAAAAAAAGAAUAAUUCAAGAUAAAGCGAAACUUUUAGGCAUGCCUUAAAGGAAUAACAUUGAUUGUGAUUACAGAAUAUUAAGAUGGAAAUCUCUUGUAAUAUAUACAUUCUUUUAGGGAUCUUUUGCUGAACAAUAUGCAAUAUGAAUGUCAUCUGAUUAUGUGAUCCAUGUCUAACACUAAAGUCACUCCUGAAGAUUUACUGUAACUUCAAGCUGGUUGAUUCUGUUUUCUGUGACAUUUUUCAACAGAUAAGUGAAGGAAUUAUAUAAUGUCUAUGUAUUCAAUUAAAUUGUAUGAUUGUGA